GUCUCCGUUAACAGUGACAGUGAUGGAUAGAGUCACGUGGGGAUGGGGGAAAGACAGGCAGAGGCCCUUCGGCCCAACUCAUCCGUGCCAGCAUGAGCCAGCCCUAUUUGCCUUUAUGUGCUCAACAUCACCACCAAACCUUCACUGUCCACGCAGUUGUCCAAAUGUCUCUUGAACAGUGCAAUUGUACCCACCUCUACAGCUAUGACAGAUCAUUGCACUUACCCACUACGUAAAGAAUUUGCUCCCCAAAUUUUUUCCCUCUUUACUUAAUCCUUCUUCCCAGUCCUGGCUGAGAAAUCGUGGCCCUUCUCUACUCCCAUCAUGAUGUGUAAACCUCCAGUGUGGUGAACCCCUCAACCUCCCCACCUCCAGAGAAGCAGUCUCUCCCUGUCCCCUCAUCUCACAAUUUGCGGUUCAUUGCCAAGGAUACAACCCUCCCUACUGUGGAUGGAGUGAGGCUUUUCGACAACACGGGCCCUCCCUGUUCUGGUAUCUACUGCUCACAGAGGGCAUUGUGAAACCUUUUGUGUUCCCGUUUGUUCUCUGAUCUGGUUUGGAUUCCUUCCCAAGGACUCGGGCCAGGCCACAGGUAUACCUAGAGCACAGUUGGAUAGGUUCUUGAUUAGUAAGGGUGUAAAGGCUGAGAGUGAGAUAGUUCUGGUCCUGUAGUCGCUGCAGGUUUGGAUAAUGAAGGGGGGUCACAUUGAUACCUAUUGAAUAUUGAGAGGCCGAGGUAGUGUGGACGUGGUGAAGACGUUUCCUGUAGUAGGGAGUUCAUGACCAGAGGGCAGAGCCUAAGAAAACAAGGAUGUCCCUUCAGAACAGAGAUGAAGAACAAAUUCUUUAGCUGGAGGGUGGUGAAUCUGUAGAAUUCACUGUCACAGACGGAUGUGGAUGCCACCUCGUUGAAGCAGAGGUUCAAUGUUUCUUGAUCAGUAAAUACAUCAAAGAUUAUGGAGAGAAAGCAGGGAAGAUAAACCAUCCAUGAUGUAAUGGCGGAACAGACUGGAUGGGAUGAAUGACAUAAUUGUCUUCCUGGGUCUUGUAGUCUAAUGAUGGGAGGUAUCGGUGGGCAACACACACAAAAUGCUGAAGAAACUCAGCAGAUCAGGCCGCAUCUAUGGAGACGAACAAACAGUCGAUAUCUCAGGCCGUGACCCUUCAUCAGAACUGGGAAAGAAAUGGGACAAAGACAGAAUGCGAAGGGUGGGCGAGCAGGAGGAGUACUGUCUGGAAAGUGAUUGGGGAAGCCAGGUGUACAGUCUGGAAAGUGAUUGGUGAAGCCAGGUGUACAGUCUGCAAAGCGAUUGGUGAAGCCAGGUGUACAGUCUGCAAAGCGAUUGGGGAAGCCAGGUGUACAGCCUGGAAAGUGAUUGGUGAACCCAGGUGUACAGUCUGGAAAGCGAUUGGUGAAGCCAGGUGUACAGUCCGGAAAGUGAUUGGUGAACCCAGGUGUACAGUCCGGAAAGGGAUUGGUGAAGCCAGGUGUACAGUCUGGGAAGUGAUUGGUGAAGUCAGGUGUACAGUCUGCAAAGUGAUUGGUGAAGUCAGGUGUACAGUCUGCAAAGCGAUUGGGGAAGCCAGGUGUACAGUCUGGAAAGUGAUUGGUGAAGCCAGGUGUACAGCCUGGAAAGUGAUUGGUGAAGUCAGGUGUACAGUCUGGAAAGUGAUUGGUGAAGCCAGGUGUACAGUCGGGAAAGGGAUUGGGGAAGCCAGGUGUACAGUCCGGAAAGUGAUUGGUGAAGCCAGGUGUACAGUCUGGAAAGUGAUUGGUGAAGCCAGGUGUACAGUCUGGAAAGUGAUUGGUGAAGCCAGGUGUACAGUCCGGAAAGUGAUUGGUGAAGCCAGGUGUACAGUCUGGAAAGUGAUUGGUGAAGCCAGGUGUACAGUCUGGAAAGUGAUUGGUGAACCCAGGUGUACAGUCCGGAAAGGGAUUGGUGAAGCCAGGUGUACAGUCCGGAAAGUGAUUGGUGAAGCCAGGUGUACAGUCUGGAAAGUGAUUGGUGAAGCCAGGUGUACAGUCUGCAAAGUGAUUGGGGAAGUCAGGUGUACAGUCUGCAAAGUGAUUGGUGAAGUCAGGUGUACAGUCUGCAAAGUGAUUGGGGAAGCCAGGUGUACAGUCUGGAAAGUGACUGGGGAAGCCAGGUGUACAGUCUGGAAAGUGAUUGGGGAAGCCAGGUGUACAGCCUGGAAAGUGAUUGGUGAAGCCAGGUGUACAGUCCGGAAAGGGAUUGGUGAAGCCAGGUGUACAGUCCGGAAAGUGAUUGGUGAAGCCAGGUGUACAGUCUGCAAAGUGAUUGGGGAAGCCAGGUGUACAGUCUGGAAAGUGAUUGGGGAAGCCAGGUGUACAGCCUGGAAAGUGAUUGGUGAAGCCAGGUGUACAGUCCGGAAAGGGAUUGGUGAAGCCAGGUGUACAGUCCGGAAAGUGAUUGGUGAAGCCAGGUGUACAGUCUGCAAAGUGAUUGGGGAAGUCAGGUGUACAGUCUGGAAAGUGAUUGGUGAAGCCAGGUGUACAGUCUGGAAAGUGAUUGGUGAAGUCAGGUGUACAGUCUGCAAAGUGAUUGGGGAAGCCAGGUGUACAGUCUGGAAAGUGAUUGGGGAAGCCAGGUGUACAGUCUGGAAAGUGAUUGGUGAAGCCAGGUGUACAGUCGGGAAAGUGAUUGGGGAAGCCAGGUGUACAGUCUGGGAAGUGAUUGGGGAAGCCAGGUGUACAGUCUGGAAAGUGAUUGGUGAAGUCAGGUGUACAGUCGGGAAAGUGAUUGGGGAAGCCAGGUGUACAGUCUGGGAAGUGAUUGGGGAAGCCAGGUGUACAGUCUGGAAAGCGAUUAGGUGAGGUUUCUCGAUGACGCAGACACUCCCUGUUCUGGUAUCUGCUGCCGGUGUUGUGAAAAGGAUGAAGUGAGAAGCUGGAGGCGAUAGGUGGAAGAGGUAAAAUGAUGACGAAGAAGGAAUCCAAUGGAGGAGGAGGUUAGACUGGGAAAAAGGGAAGGAGAAUCGGUUCCAGAGGGAGGCGAUAGGCAGGUGAGGAGAAGAGAAAGAAUAGGAGGGGAGUCAGAAUGAGGAAUGGAAAUGGAUAAGAGGAUAAGAAUUUCCGGAUGGUGGCGAAAUUGUCAUUCAUGUUGAUAGGUUGGAGGCCAUACAGACGGAAAAUGACGUGUUGUUCCUCCAACCUGAGCAGUGGCCUCAUUGCAUCAUCAGAUGGACCAACAUGUUGGACUGGGAAUGGGGAGUGGAUCUGUAAUGGGUGGGCACUGGGGAAACCCUCCCUAAUGUGGAUGGGGCGAGGUUUCUCGACAACGCGGACCCUCCCUGUUCUGGUAUCCACUGCGCAAGGAGGGCGUUGUGAAAUCUACCGCGUUCCCGUUCAUUCUCCAAUCUG